AUGGAAGAAGGAUUGGAUCCUCUGGACUUAGCUAAAAUUGUGGAAGCACGGCAAAAAGAUUCCGAUGCCAGUCCAACAGAGCAAGAGCACACAAUAAAUCUUCAUCCAACAAACAAAGACACGCAGACUCAUUCAGCUGUGACAGAGACACAUGGAUACGAGGAAGAAGCUUUAUCCUCACACGACCUAGUCAAACUAGUGGAGGCCCGACUCGAAGAUUCAGGACUCGACCAAGGUGAAAAUACUACCACUCCAGAAAGGGAAAAUUCUGUGUCAGCUGUAGACAACAUUGAGCAACAGAACCACCACCAGAACACAAAUGGAAUUGUUCAGUUGCCCCGAUUGGAACGGAGCUCUGCCAACAGAAUGCCCCACGUACAACCAGGAGCCUACCCAAGUGGAGGAAAUUUUCAAGGAAUAGAAGAAAACUAUGGAACAGAAGAGACGCACAUUGAGCCAGCGACUACUCCAACACCUGCAAUUGAACCAGAAAAUGGCAAUAGUGGUUUGGCUGUGGCAAACUUGGUUGAAGACGAAAUGGCUGCUCAAGGAUCUGCCCCAGGCUCAAGAUUACAGUCCGGAAAAUGA